AUGGCUUCCAACAUCUUCUCCCGGCUGGGUCCUCCCGCAAGAGGAUCCAGAUCAUUUUACGAGGAGUUGAGAGGCAGACGUGAUGAGGAUCUUGACAUCGAAGACCAGGCCGGACUUGAUGUCGACGAGGAGAAUUUAAAGGAACAAUUCCAGGACUAUGACCUUGAUCACGCACGGGAUCUUGCCGUCGACGACAGCCGCACAACUCUCGACAGCAACGCCAACCUCGUCAGAAGCCCCCAACAAACCGUCACGCGAGGCUCACAGCGAACCGGAGCUCGACGCGACACAGGACCGGCAUGGCUGGGUCAUGAAGAAGAUGGAGACAACGAUGUUCCCGCUUCUCUUCUCGUCGAACCGCACGAGGUGGAGGCGGGCGCAAAAGAAUUGAACCGCAGAAAACAGCCCGUAGCCUCAACGCAGCAGCAAGCCAUACCUGGUCCGUCCGAUCGACGAACUCAUGGUCAGUGGGAGGCGGCUCAAGCCCAACAGAGGCUGCAUCCGGCAGAUGGCGUUAAACCCUUCAAAUCGCAACCCAAGCGCAUCGCGCGAGGUUUCUCGCCGGGCAAUGAGAAGGAAAAGGCCCUCUGGCGAUGGGUCAACGUUUCGAACCUUGACUUCUUCAUACAAGACGUGUAUUCCUACUACCGAGGCAGCGGCUUCUGGUGCAUCGUGUGUGCUCGAGCAUUGCACCUUUUGGAGUCUGCUUUCUUCGCGGUGUUCCUUACCUUCAUGUCACAAUGUGUUGACUAUUCACUUCUCUCCGACCGAAGUAGAAAGUCGCUAAGCGAAAUCGUGAUUCCGCAAUGCACUAGGAAAAUGUCAUUCCUUUGGAAUUUUGGUCUUUGGCUGUAUGUCUUCUACUUCAUUUGGAAAGCCGUCCAAUUUUCAGUCGAUCUCCGGAGACUGCGCAAUAUGCGCAACUUUUACACAUAUCUGCUCGAGAUACCCGAGGAAGAUAUGCAGACGGUUUCUUGGCAAGACAUCGUCUCGCGCGUUAUGUCAUUGAGAGAUGCGAAUCCCAAGACUGCAAUAAAUAUCACCCCGUCACAGCGGCGCUGGAUACGGAACCAAUCCAAAGAGCGGCUUGACGCCCACGACAUUGCGAAUCGACUAAUGCGGAGAGAAAACUACUUGAUAGCCAUGAUGAACAAGGACGUGCUUGACCUGACGCUUCCCGUUCCGUUCAUGGGAAAGCAUCAGUUCUUCUCGAGAAGUCUAGAAUGGAACCUACAUUUCAGCAUUUUGGGUUUUAUCUUCGACGAGAGUAAUCAGGUGAACCAGGAGUUUCUCAAAGCAGAUCGCCGAGGGCAGCUAAGCGCAAUGUUGAAGACUAGACUUAUGUUCGCCGGCUUCAUCAAUCUGCUGAUAGGACCAUUCGUGGUUGCGUAUCUCAUUAUCGUACAUGCUUUGACGUACUACAACGAAUACCAAAAGGACCCAGGGACUUUUAGUCACAGGAGAUACACACCGCUUGCCGAAUGGAAGUUCAGGGAAUUCAAUGAACUUCCACACUUGUUUCAGGAACGGCUCAAUAUGUCGUAUCCGGCCGCUCAUGCGUAUAUUGACCAGUUCCCGAAGAGAUUGACAGAGCAGUUUGCUAGAUCGGUAACCUUUAUUGCUGGUGCGAUCACAUCCGUUCUAGCCAUUGCAUCAUUCUUAGAGCCCGAACACUUUUUGGGCUUUGAACUACUGUUCGGGAAGUCGGCACUCUUCUACAUUGGAGUAUUCGCUGCAGCCUGGGCGGCCGCGAGAGGCAUGAUCUCCGAGGAAACCACCGUUUUCAACCCUGAGUACGCCUUGCGUAACGUCAUCAGCUUCAUACACUACAUGCCAGCUCACUGGGAAGCUCGACUCCAUACCGCGGAAGUCAAGAGAGAGUUUUCAGAGCUUUACAAGCUCAAGGUAUUGAUAUUGGUCGAGGAGAUUGUCGGUAUACUCACGGCGUCUCUGGUUCUCAUCUUCUCGGCGCCCAAGUGUAGCGACCAAAUCAUCGACUUCUUCCGAGAGUUCACGAUACAUGUGGACGGCGUCGGCUACGUCUGCUCGUUUGCCGUUUUCGACUUCAAGAAGGGCGCGGAAAGGGCCAAGUUUCAGGCGGCAACCAGAGAUAGCACCCGGAGGUGGUAUGGGGCAACAAAACCGGACACCACGAUUUGGGUCUUCAUUGACAGCCCCGUCGCCGAUGGCAUCGAUGCUUCUUGA